UAAGAGACUGUGAAGGUGAGGUAACGAGUAGCAGGUUGGUUAUGAAGAUGAAGUAAUACAACACUUAGCUGCAUCCAUGUUUCAUCUUCUUGAGGAAUGUUAUCGGUCUGGCUACCAGUCACGGUGCUUCAAAGCGUUUUCAGGUUGAUGGUAGGACCCUUGGUCGGUGCGGACAGAGUACUGCUAUCGUGUAAUUGGAAUUUUGAGUUCAAGGGGACCGAAUCCAAUGUACAAACCACAAGCCGCUUGGGUAGAAUCAGCGAAUGAGCUUGAAGCAAUGCCAUGUGGCUUUGAAUGAUUGUGAACUUGAAUGGAUUGAUUUGUGAAGCUGGAAGCACUAUGAAUGUCCCAGGCAGUCCCAAAUAUUAGCACAAAUCCUGAUGAGUCUGUGGCUUAAUUUCAAGGCAUCGUGAUAAUGUAAGCCUGUUGAGAACUGUCCAGUAUCGACCGUCAAACUCCUAAUAGCUUGUAGCUCAAUGACGAUUGUUGGCUUGACAAAAUAUUUGCGUGAAUGCCCGUACCCUCAUUCCCGCAUCCAAAGCCUACCUGACGCCAUCGAGAUCCGAGAGCAUAAUUCAGUGCAAUCUGGGUGAGAAAGCCGAGUUUUGUCGCGGUAGUCCGCAGGUCUCCCAUGGUCACCCCAGCCAGCUAAUUGGCUAUGAUACUACUGCUUAGGGCCGCACCAGUCUCUGUGAACGUAGACGUCUAGGGAAUCUCCAAGAACACCCGAACAAAUGCAGUAACCAUGUCCAACCUCCAAUUCCGCAAAGCAGCCGUAACUCGAAGUCGAUACACUUCGCAAAACGAACACUGAGGAGUAUUAGCUCAAGCAGUAGUUAAAUCAUGGUUACGGUGUGCCGACGAACUGCUUGCAACGAAUCUGACACGUGGUUACAUCCACCGCAGCCUACACUGAUCUACGCAUAUUGGGUUACUCCUAAUCCGCACUGAAUUUCAAGUCUACAGCAGUCGUAGGUUAAGCUUGAAGCGGAGCGAAGAAUUAUCAAGAACAGACAGUUGGAGGGAAGCAGCAUCGUUAGCCCUGAAAGAAUAGCCUUUGUUCUGCAGCGAUCUUUCUACAGUCUUGAUCCUGCAAGCGCGAGCUGUUAGCAGGAAGGAGGCCAGCGAAGGGGAACAAGCUUAAAAACACCUCAUACCACAAGUUCACAAAGAUAAUUGAGCCGUUGUAGUGACAAGAAUAGGGUGAGGGUUUGAAGGUCAGGAAGCCGGUUGGCACUAACAGAGCUCUGUGGGUAAGGAACAAGGAAAGAGAAAUAACCAACUGGUGGAGAAAUGCAAACAAUGUAUCUACGAUUGCGCACAAUAGGCGGUCUCUGUAUCGGUGAAAGCGGCAGAAAAUUUUUUCCCGCUAGCCAAUCACCUGGUGUAGCUCCCAAUACUCGCAACGUAGCGGGCAAUUGUAACUGCAGGCCGCGCCAUGGCAAUCAGCGACGGAUUUCCCUCGAAAUCGCCCCCAAAAGCCAGCCAAGAACACCGGUGGCAUCCCCCAUAGCAGCGUCCAACCUUGGGCUAGAUCAGGUGGAUGCAGAUUUCCCAAACGAGGCCACACCUUCGAUGUCAGGGUACCUGCCCAUCAGCUCGGACAGUAAGUCGCGCCUGUUCUACGUGUUCUACGAGGCGACGCAUAACAGUCGGCGGGUGAGUGAGACGCCGGUGAUGCUGUGGCUGAACGGAGGGCCGGGAUGCAGCAGCAUGAUUGGAUGCUUUUACGAGCUGGGGCCAUGGCGCGUCAAUGAGAAGCUCAAACUCUCCCGCAACGAAGGCGCCUGGAAUCGCAGGUGCGGAUUGUUGUUCAUUGAUCAACCGAUUGGAGUUGGUUUCAGUAUAGCUGCGCACGUUUCUGAAAUUCCAAGUGAUGAACAUACAGUGGCAGAUCAUUUGUUCUACGCAUUACAGUUUUGGUGCCAGUCGAACCCGGGAUUCCAGAAACGACCCAUCUUUGUGGCAGGCGAGAGCUAUGCAGGCAAAUAUGUUCCAGCACUGGCGUACUACAUGCUCACACGUAAUCAAGAGGAACAUGCUUUUGCACAAUUUGCAGGCAUGGCCAUCGGCAAUGGCCUUGUAGAUCCAAUCAUUCAGAUCGCUCAAGCUGCAGACACCGCAUUUUACUUUGGCUUGAUCGAUGAAGCGCAAUGUAUUACAGUGCGGGCCAUGGCUCGUGAUUUGGUUGAACUCAUUGAUAAAGCACAAUGGUUGGAGGCAACCUUGAAGAACCUUGAACUGGUCAUGUACAUUUACAAAGCCAGUGGAAUUGCAACAAUGCUCGACAUCCGUCGCACUUCCAGAUACCAUCACCGGGAGGAUGGCAUUGAGUUCAUGGCACCGUUUCUGAACAGUUCAUCAACAAAGGCUGCUCUGAAAAUAGAGAAGGGGUCCUCUCCAUGGAGUAGCAGCCGCCCCACUGUGAAAAAAGCCAUGGCUCCAGAUGUCAUGAAAAGCACGAAGUGGAUGGUGGAAGCAGUGUUGAAAGCGGGGUAUCCUGUGUUGCUGUACCAAGGAGUAUACGAUGUCAAGGAUGGGCCAGCCUGCAAUGAAGCUUGGAUGCGUGCUAUAGUAUGGGACCACAUCAAAGGGUUCUGGGCUUCUGAGCGCGAGAUCUGGAGAGUCGGUCGGAAACUCGCAGGUUACUGGCGUCGCUGGAAAAAUCUCUCUCAUGUGGUCGUGCAGGGCGCUGGGCAUCAGGUGCCCUACGAUCAACCUAUAUUUGCGCAAGACAUGAUAGAGAGGUGGAUAGCAAUUUCCCUGCAUCCAGGAACAAAUAUGAAUCUUAGUGAAGAUGCUGAGGACCAGGUGGUCAGGUCUGAAGAACACAAAAACUCUUCAGUUAAUCCUCUUGUCCAAGGAGACGUUCCAGAUUCCGCUCUGUAGUGGUGCUUCUCGAAAUGAUGGCGUAUUUAAACAAAGUUUUCAGGUCAAUCUUGGGGAACAUGUGCACUACAACGAACCAUCGACAUCUCUACUCCCGCACCUUGCCGUGUGCAGGACCAAUCCUCCAACCUAGACUCUUCCCAGGGACCUCUCUCUCAGGAGGAACUUUACAACAUUUGUUUUCUGGUCGCUUAUUCACCGCAGUUUUCAAACUCUCACCUUUCGUGAAACCAAGCAGGGCAAGAUGAGUCUCCAUUGCUAAAAUACUCAUAUUUUCUUCA